UCAAGCGGGCCGUAGUGUUGAAAUUACUCUCCGCUCGCCAUGGUUAGUGACUUCUUGCUGCUAAGCGUUGUGUUCUCAUUUCAAGGCACCCUUUUACUGAUUGCUCUUGUCCUAACUUUGUACAUCACUUGUUCCUUUUUUGGCGAUGUACGGGUCUCGAAUCUGGAGAAGAAAGCCGUGUUUAUCACUGGCUGCGACAGUGGAUUCGGCUAUGAGUUAGCCAAGAAAUUAGAUGCGGAGAGAUUACGAGUGUUCGCUGCUUGUCUCACUUCUGAAGGAGAGGCAAAGCUGAAAAAUGAAUGCUCUCCGGAGCUUAUCACACUAAAACUGGACGUUACCAAGCCAAGGGAUAUUCAAUACGCUUUACAAGCCGUCAAAUCACACCUGCCUUCUCAAGGUUUGUGGGCUAUAGUAAACAAUGCAGGCAUUGGAUACCCAGGACCAAUUGAAUGGCAACCUGUGGAGGAAAUGAAGAAGACUUUAGAGGUGAACCUGUGGGGAAUGGUGAAUAUUACGAAAGCAUUUCUUCCAUUACUUAAGAGAACCAAGGGGCGUGUUGUUAAUGUUGCCAGUUCAUCAGGGAGACUCUCUUCUCCUUUUGCUGCAGCUUAUUGCAUCUCCAAGUUUGGAGUGGAGGCUUUUUCUGAUGCGUUACGCAAUGAAAUGAAGCAUUUUGGAGUCACUGUUCACAUAAUCGAGCCAGGGAUUUUUAAAACAGCCAUAACAGACGCAGAGAAGAACAUCAAAUACCUGCAAAGAUUAUGGGAAAACCUUGAUGGAGAUACCAAAGAAUGUUACGGAGGGGAGUUUUAUGAACAAGCCAAAGCCAAGUUAAGAGACAUACGUCAUAUUUUUUCACUCAACAUUUUCAAAGUGGUUAAUGCCAUGGAUCAUGCAGUGACAUCCACACAUCCUAAACUAAGAUAUGUUCUUGGGCUGGACCACCAACUCAUUUGGAGAACUCUCUCAUUUCUACCAUCUGAAAUACAAGAUUUCUUCUUUGGACUGAUGUUGCCAAAACCAAAGGGAAUUGCUGGUCGUGGCACUUGAAUCAACUGCCAUUAACGAGUCAAAAAUAAAUUGUUUCUAGAAGAUCCACUUUGUGAGCAGAUUAAACCAUUAACCCUUUUCCUCUCACAUCCUUGUUAGUAAUUCUCCUCACCAUUUUCUAUACAGUUUUUAUCAUGCUAGUGUGGAGAAUUUGGUAUUGGAUUAACUUAUGGUCCCCUUGAUGAAAUUUUUCUGUUUGAUAUUUCAUUAUUGUAAGGAGAAAUUCUAUCUUGGCCACUAGUGGGAGUUAAAGAGUUAACAGAUGUAAAAUUCUUAACCUCCCUCACCUUAAUACCAGUGUGCAUGUUUCCCAAACUGUUCCCCAAACAUUUCCCAAGGUGCUGACAAGAGGAUGUUUUUAAUGAUUGAUUGGUGAUCAUUUCCUUUAUUCUUGGGGCCUUGAUGUGUGAUUUAGGGGUGAUAUUGUAAGGAGAAACUAGAUAUUGGUCACUCUUAGUGGUCUACAGGUUAAUGUUCUUCUUGAAACUUGUUGAAGUACCAAAGCUACUUGUUACAAAGUCUGAGGGACAAAAAGGCACAACUCUGGGCAAGUUUUAAGAGAGCAUGAAUACUAGAGACCAGAGUUUUUGGGGAGAGAAGAUUCAUAAGAUAUCUUAGUAUAACUGGUAAAUACUUUACAGAGAGUAAUUAACUUUUAUGCAGCGUUUGUUCAAUAUUCAGCAUAAUGAUCCUGAAGUAGUGCUUUUUAAACAUAAUGUAAUAAUAGCAUUAUACUG